GAACCCGUGUCGACGUAAGGACGUAUAAGAGAACGCUUCAUGAAUAUUCAUGAGGGACUUUUGUAAGCGGUCACGUUGCGUUGCGGCACCAGAACGCCAGAGUCGGUCAGUGAGCAUCUUCUCUCCGCAUCCUUCCAGCUUUUAGACACCAACCAGGUUGUUUUGAUCAGCAGGCAUCAUGACGCACCAGUACCCAGCACUCAGCCCUGAGCAGAAGAAGGAGCUGCAGGAAAUCGCCCAGCGCAUCGUCGCACCCGGCAAAGGCAUCCUCGCUGCGGAUGAGUCCACAGGCAGCAUGGCCAAGCGCCUGAACCCCAUCGGCGUUGAGAACACGGAAGAGAACCGCCGCCUGUACCGCCAGCUCCUCUUCACGGCGGACGAGCGCAUCGACAAGUGCAUCGGCGGCGUCAUCUUCUUCCACGAGACACUUUACCAGAACACAGACGACGGCACUAACUUCGCCAAGUUGAUCAAGGACAGGGGCAUUGUCGUGGGCAUUAAGGUCGACAAAGGUGUUGUUCCUCUGGCAGGAACCAACGGAGAAACCACAACUCAGGGACUGGACGGUCUGUCCGAACGCUGCGCUCAGUAUAAGAAGGACGGCGCUGAUUUCGCUAAGUGGCGUUGUGUGCUGAAGAUCAGCGAGACCACCCCCUCAGAACUGGCCAUCAUGGAGAACGCCAAUGUCCUGGCUCGCUAUGCUAGCAUCUGCCAGCAGAACGGCAUUGUGCCCAUCGUGGAGCCCGAGAUCCUGCCUGAUGGAGAUCACGACCUCAAGCGCUGCCAGUACGUCACAGAGAAGGUUCUCGCUGCCUGCUACAAGGCUCUGUCUGACCAUCACGUCUACCUGGAGGGCACACUGCUCAAACCCAACAUGGUGACCGCCGGACACUCCUGCCCCACCAAAUACUCCAACGAGGAGAUCGCCAUGGCAACAGUCACUGCCCUUCGCCGCACCGUUCCCCCAGCAGUCACGGGAGUCACCUUCCUGUCUGGAGGCCAGAGUGAAGAGGAGGCAUCCAUCAACCUGAACGCCAUCAACAACUGCCCCCUGACCAAGCCAUGGGCGCUCACCUUCUCCUACGGCCGUGCUCUGCAGGCUUCAGCCCUCGGCGCCUGGCGCGGGCUCAAGGAGAACACGAAAGCCGCCACAGAGGAGUUCAUCAAGCGUGCCGAGGCUAACGGCCUGGCCGCUCAGGGAAAAUACGUAUCCAGCGGAACUGGCGGAGCUGCAGCAAAGUCUCUGUACGUGGCUAACCACGCCUACUAAAAAACAACCCACACAACCCCAUCACCCCGCUUUCUCCAGCUUCUGCCGACCAGUAGUAUCUUCCCUUCACCAUGUCACCAGCCAAUCGCAGGCCUGCGCUAUCGUCUGUGUACAAAAGUCGUCAAUAAAUAGUCCGUCUUGCUCCAAAUUUCUUCAACACACUUAGGAGGAAAGGCUGGAAAGCAGAACAAGGAGAUCUUAAAACGGUCAUAUUGUGACAACGGUUCUAAACAUCUUUAAUCAAAUAGUGUUGCCUGCAUGGCUGAAUUCUUAACACCUGAUUUGAGUUCUUUCUUUUAUUUGGUUUGGGUUAUAAGUAUUCGAUUCCACUGCGCUCGCACCGGUGCUCUGUAGUUCUCGUGUCUCAUCAUUCCUGUAAUCCGGUCGCGAGCGCAGAGCGGUGGAGAACAAUUAGCCAUUCCAGAUGUUGUACCUGUCCGAAGCAUUGCAGGAAGGUAUGCAUAGAGUAAACGCCUUCUGUGUGUGUGUGUGUGUGUGUGUGUGUGUGUGUGAGAGAGAAAGAGAGGAGACUCGGUGGCAUACAUAUAUAGGUCAGUACUUCUGUGUGCAUCACAACAGUUUUAACCAACUAUUGACUCCCAGCAACAGAGGAACAUCAUUUAAUCUGUAGUAGAGUGUCCCGGAUCACACGCUCAUCUACUGUUUGAUAAUCAUAGAAUGCUAACUAUAUCAGUUUGCUGUUUUGUGUAGUGUGCUUGAAUGUACUACGCUCUCUCUCCCUCUCCAUCCGUAUAGCCUAGCGAUGCAGAGACGGUAAAGUUUAUUAGGUUAAUAUGCUGGUAAGGACCUAACCAUGGAGCAUUUCAAGGAGAGCGGUCACUGCUGAUUUGGGUAAUCUGUGAUGUUGUUGUGGUGUUUUUCCCUAAGCACUUGAUGUUAAGCAGAAAAAUAAUAUAAUGUCAAAUAAAAAAUUAUUAAAAUCCAA